CACGCCGUGGCGGCCUGAUUUCCUUUGGUCCAGAUUUCUAUCCUGUGGAUUGUGAGCUAUUAGGGCUGGAUUAGCUACCAUUUCAGGGGGGGGGGAUCCCGUGGAGUUUGUUUCAUUGCUUGAGUUUUGAGUUGAUUUUGCCCAAUGUCGAGUAAAGCAUCCUGGAUCUGAAACCACAUGGUGUGUGUGCUUUGAUGUUUUGUUCGAUGUAGUUUGGGAAAUUUUUUUAGGGGUUUGCUGCACAUCGUGUAUGAUAUAGUCGGCGGGAGGUGGGCCGUGCCUCUGCCUGGUUCUAAACCUUGGCACUAAUUAUUUUCUCUCUAACUUCAUUUGUUAGGGAGUUUUUCAGUUUCACUAGUUGGAACUGAUAUAUCAUGGAAUGAACGCACAUGGUUUUGCUCUAGAUUUAGUCGUUAAUCCUGUAGGCCAGUGAUGACCUCUGUGCUGUGGCAUUUUAGAAAGGGGUUUAGGGAUUUGGUAGCAAUUCGAGCUCAAGAACUAACCAAUAUUUCAUUAAAUCCCAGCAAAUGCUCUUACAUUUGUCCCUCAGUAUUGUCAGAUUAUACAGGGAGUUAAUCAGAGGUUACUAUAUACAGGGACAGUGUCACUGUAUACAGGGAGGAGUUGUGUUUUCUGCUUGUAGACAAAAGCUAUCUUUUGUUUUGUGUGCUGUGUAUUUUUUUUAACGGUAGUCCUGCUCAACUGUGACAUACUCCUGCUCAACUGUGACAUACUAAGCCACUUUUGCUUCCAUUCCAUCAGUGAUCAAUCUGAGAUAAGCCUCCCUGAAAAUGAACUCCAGGCUCUGCUCCUAUCAAUUAUGUUUAAUCUUUUUGAGAUUACCAGUAGAUCACUGAGAGAGGAGAGUAAUCACAAUUCGCAAAAGCAUCGGUCUGUGUCAUUAGCAACUCAGCAAAUGACAGUGGCAAACGCAAACGAGGGUGAGAUUAAUGGAAACAGUAGGAUUAAUCUGAAACUAAAAUACAGAGAAUAAAUGGACAAUAUAAUUUGCGAUAGUACUGUAUAAAUGGACAGUAUAAAGCAUAUCUCUUCAUAUGCUACGUACAGUUAUGUUGUAUCAAUGAUUCACUUAUUUACUGCUUUAAAUAUGGCCUCAAACUAAAACCUAUGCUUUCGAUCAGCACAUGCCCUUAAAUUUUCAUUAUUUCUUUUUCUGAAAAUUAUGUAUCUACGCUAGUUGCACUCUCUGACUAUUGUAGUAGCCAUUUUGAAUUUUCGUGCAAGUCGUGUAAUAAUUUUGUGCAACUAAUGUUUUUUUAACCAAAUUUCCAUUUACUUUGAUAAAUAGCGUUUGUUGUUUGGGAAAACAUGCAUACAAGUGAGGACUUUUGGUAGACAACUUGUUUUCUUAGUAAUUUCAUUGCCUUUUCUUUUUCUUUUUAUUAUGAUGGGAAGGAGAUUCAAUUUUUGUUUUGCGGGACUCGGGAUCAACACCACAACAAAUCGGUGGUUCUUUUGGAUGUUAGGCGAGCUCAGGUUUUUCUGGUGAAAAACCUGAUCUGGUGAAAAACCUGAGCAAACUGCGGAUGCUAAUACAGUAGUAGUAUAAUCAACAGUGACUCUCUUUGCAAUUUUUUGGCUGUAACUUGGGGAGUAGUCUAAGGAUGGAUUGGAUAUAGAAGGAUUGGCAGUGGUUUGACAGUGGGAUGGUAGAGCUUGUGGCUGGAAGUUAGUUCCCUUGUUAUUAGUUACCUUUUUCUUCAUUUUUCAUAAAUCCCUUUGGCAGUACUGAUUUCUUUUUUUAUAAUUUGCACACCCUUUGGCAGUACAAAGUCUAACAUCAACAACACCAGCACUAGCAAAGGAGCACCCCCUACAGAGAAUGUUACAUGUUCCCAACUAUAUACCAUACCACCAUCAAAACCAACUGAACAAGAAAACUCAAAGUCAAACAGCAACAAGGACAACGCUUGCAAAGAAACGCAGCAUGCAGAUAAAAAAGCAUCCAGUAAGGACUUUGUUUGUAGUCAGCAAUCAAACAACUCUGUGGCAUCCAGGACUAGAGCUAAGAGAUUACAUUCAGCAUCCCCUUUGUCGGUUGUAUCAAUUAGCCCAUCGAAAAAAAUUCUUCUGACCAAAAGAUUCGCAAAGCAGUAAGGAAACAGUCCUUGAAAGCAACAUAACUUAUCAGUACUCAACCAGACAGGGAAGAAUCAAACAAGGAUGGUCUUUUCGUGGAACCUAUAUGUACUAUACUAGCCAAAAAGGAGGAGGUGCAGCCCACCAAGAAUUUUGAAAGCAACUCUACAGAGUUUGUUAUUGAUAUAGAGGGGCCAUAUGAUGCUGAAGACAUAACAGGUCACACAACGGAUAAGACGAAGUUCAUUCUUGUGAAUUAUUCAAACUCUUCAGAAGAACAUAAGAGCCAAGAUCCUACACAAGAUGAAUCAGACAACAUUCCAAACAAGAGCACAAAUGUAUCAAACAUAUAUCAUGCAUUUUAAAGCACUAGUAUUUUUUAGUAUUUUUUUAUUGUUUGUUUUGUGAGCAACAAACCGCUUUUUUUUCAUUUUCUCUUAUUUUUGUGUAUUAUACACCUCUAUUUUUUAUAUAAUGUUUGUUUGCAUUGUACACUGGUCCAUAAUUUUGUUUUGUGCAUAUUAUAUAUGUGUGGAUGAUUUUUUAGAAGCAGAUAGACAUUUUUUUAGAAAACACCUCUAUACACAAAACGAUAGACUGCUGUGCCUAUGUAGAGUUCAAAUUUUAGAAAACAGAUGAAACUAGAGCAUAGAGGUGUUUUCUAAAUCACUUUUAUUUUUUUGGGUCAUCUUUAAUUUACAGUGUCAUCUUUACUUAUACACAUCAAGAACAAAAUCUAAACUCCACAUGUCAUAAAAAUUUGGUUUGUCACAAUUUUUCUACUAGUACCGUGUACUGAUUUGUUUUAUUGUUUUGAUUUUAAUCCUCUCAAUUUUUGCAGCAUUGAUUGACUGAUAAACUAACUUUUUUUAUAUCUGUGUUGCACUUUUAAUGUAGAAAAAAUGUACUUUAUUUUUUUGAUCUGUCCCGAUUUGUAACUUUUUCAUUUCUUUUCAUGUAACUCACACAGAGCAACCUAAAUUUGAAUGCUUACAUCAUUUUGAUGAUAAAUAAAAAACAAACAAAAGUGCCAGCCUUGGGCACUUCUUGUCCCAAAAAACAUCAGGCACAAACAUCAUGGAAAUUGAACAUAGCAGCAUGCAGGUGACGCAGGGGGAGAGGUACAUGCACACACCAAAAACAUGCAUAAACAAUAAAGAUGGAGUUCAACAUUUAUCAGGCACAACUUUGACAUUUUUUCUCUGUACACAUAAAAUGAUUUUUUUGUACUAUCAUUAAUUUAUUUUAUAGACGUAAGUACUAACAAUCAAGGGGGGAAUCAAAAUGUCUAGGAAGAAUAAAGAGAUUAACUAGCCAAAUUUAUUUUGCACAAUCAUGUUAGAUGUUUUUUUUCUUGUUACUCUUUUUUAUUUUUAUGUGGAUGAUUUUGUUAGCAAACUUCACUGCAAACAUGGGGAAUAGGAGGCUUGAGAGACAGCACUGUGAUGAAAACGAGUACCAAGAUGACUUUGCAGAAUUCUUGUAUGAAGAGGAACCAUCAGAUAACAUCGAUAUGGUUGAACAACGUGCGCAACCACAAAUAAACAAUGAGCAAAGUAGCCCUCAAACACCACUGCACAUAAACAUUGCUUCUGCAAGGACACCUGCUACAAAACAAGUAAUACAAAUUAGUUCACAAUCAUCACCUGAUAUAGGUAUGAAUUCUCCAAGAAUAGCACAAAUAAGGGAACCAAAUCAACAUGCUCAAAUAGAAGAAAGACAAUAUUCAAUGAUAAGAAUCAUCGACUCACUAAAUGCUUCUAGCAACUGCUCUGGUACCAGACAUAAUCUUUAUCGCCUUAAAAGAAUUGUCCAUCCAAGUAAAUACAAGAGCUCACCAUAUGACAACUACACACGGCACCAAACCAUCUCGGCAGCUGAACUCAAUCACUACAACAACAUACUCAGCAUUGGUGAGACGCAACAAUAUAAAUACAAAUUUGCAGUUCUAAUGGACAAUGUAAAAGUCACAUGGUCAUCAUUGUCUAAAUCUCUAUCACCAAGGGGAGUGGUGGAUACAUAUGUCCUCAACGCAUAUGCCAAGAAGAUUGCCAACGACCAGAAUAACAAAGAAAAUGAAUACAGGAAUUUUUACUUCUUCCACAGAACUAGUGUUUAUUUCUUGAAGAAUUGGGAAGGUACUGGAAAAGAGGAAGACUAUGAAAAUUGUGCAAGACAAGCCUUUACAUUUGCUAGGAACAAGAAACCUCUGCACUACUAUGAAUUGGGGCAUCACUUUGUCUUCCUGGACUCCAUUUAUGAUGAAAACAACAAAUAUCAUAAGAAAAUUCAAGGGCUACUGAUACCAGGAUUAAUUGCAAUGUGGGAAGAAUUCUCAAAUGUGGAGAAAAACUUUAGUAAAUUUGAUAUCCAAUACCCACCAAUUACUUGCCAAAACAAUGGCCAUGAUUGCGGAAUCUACGCUAUGAAGUGUAUGGAAUGGUGGAACCCAAGGAUGCACUUGAAAGAUAUGAUCAGACCAGAAUAUAUCCCAAACAUGAGGAAGCAAAUUGCAAAUGACCUAUUGUUCUCAGAACACAAUUCACAAGAAGAAGCAAAAAUGCUAUCUAGAAGCUUCAAUCCAACAAAGCAUGGAAAAUACGCAAGGCAACAGUGAAAUAAACUCCUGUUUUUGUUUGUGUACCAACAGAUUACACAAUCCUGUUUUUUCUGUAAAGCCCAUGAGAUGGGGCCACACACUACCUGGUAGUAAGAGAGAGAGAUGUCAUAUUUUCUGUUUUUUCAAGCCCAUGCAGUUUGGGUUUAUGUGAGUCCUCAACUUGUUGAAAAAAAUACUAUCUAGUAACAUACAGUUUCAGUUUUGUUUUGGUGCA